GAUCAAUCCUCAGCCGGUAUACCAGCGUAGGUGUUGAAUUUUGUUUAAAAUCACGACAAAAAGACAAGAAGUGACACUCGAUUGCAACAUCUCAGCGUCUCAUCAUGAAAGUAUUGUUGGUCUCUGUGGUACUUCUUUACUGCGCCAUCGCAGUGGUGGGCUCCACUUCGGAGGCUUCAUCAGCCAACCACGUCACUUGCGACAGAGAAGAUAAGAUCGACAUGGCGUUCUUGCUGGACGCUUCCAAGAGCGUGGGCUUCAUGAAUUAUAAGAAAGUGGUCGGGUUUGUUCAAGAUUUUAUCAGCAGGUUCGGCGUUGGUGCCGAGCGUGUGCGCCUCGGCCUCGUUUACUUCAGUGUCAAAGCGACCAGAUACUUCGCCUUUGAUGAAUAUUCAGACAAGCAAGCCGUGUUGGACAAAGUCGGAGAGAUGGCGGACCGUGCAUUCAAGAAUCAGCUGGGCACGAGAACCAACACCUCCGGAGGGCUGGCGGUCAUCCACGAGCUUUUUAAUGAAAACCAACGCAAUGAGACCGACGCUAAGAUGGUGAUUGUUAUAACCGAUGGUAAACCAAACUCAGACAAAGAAGCCACCAUCCCAAAUGCCGAUGCACUGAAGGCGGACGGCGUCAAAAUCAUGGCUAUAGGAGUCGGGGACGACAUCAGGAGAGACAACCUGGAGGACAUUGCCUCAGAACCUUACGAGAGAUAUGUCUUCACCACUGAAGACUUUGAAGAUUUGAUCGCUCGGACAGAGGACAUGGUACAGACUGCUUGCAGAAAUGUCGAGUAUCUGUCGUGCCCCGAACAGGAGAGCAAUGACAGGAUAGUGGACGCUCAACACGCGGCUAUCGAGAAAGCUAUUGCAAGCUUGUUGGAAACCAACGAGGUACUGACUGAAUUAGAUGAAAGAUGCAACGUUGACCCGUGUCCAAGCUGUUUCACGAGGAACGACGAGUUUCGGUCCUGCUACAAGGCCGUCCCAGCGGCGGUGGACUGGCCCGAGGCAGACAGACUCUGCGCCGUUCUCUAUGGGGCACGUCUGGCGUCCGUGAACACGGCGGAGGAACACCAUUACAUCAAGAACCAAACUUUCUCCUCUGAGGAAGCAACCAGCGCAGGCAUCACCAAAUGGUGGGUCAGUGGUAAUGACCUGGCCAACCACGGUACUUUGAUGUGGGCGGGUGAUGGUCACUCUGUCAACCUCACCGUCACUGGAGAUCAUGCUCACCACUGCGUCCUCAUGGAUGGUACAAACCACUUAAAUCUGGUGAGAGUCGCUUGUGGCGCGUCCCAUGGCUUCGUGUGCGAGAAGAAUUACUGAGACUGAUCACUAACAUUGGAGUGUCUGAAUAAAUAUGGCGGUUGAUUUGAAAGGGGUCAUAUAUUCCAUUUGGUUGCUUCAAUAGUAGCUGCUUUGAUAGUAACUAAUUUGUGCAAUAUUUCAACGGAAUUCAUUCAGAAGACUGAUUUCUAUCGUCUCUAAGCUUAGAUCUCACAGACUUAGGUCUUACAUAUAAACUUUGUAUUAACAAUACCAGUCCUGUGUUAAAAUAAAAAAUAGCGCAAAU